CAUCAUUGACUGGGUGAGUAUGUACGUUGGGUACUGCCAACACAAUGAAAAUGUCGCAGACGAUGCAGAAGCAACGUCCAAAGGAAAAGAAGAUGCCUCUCGCCGGUCCCUUUGAGUGACGGUGCUUGGACAGAAGACUACAGCAAACAGGUAUACAGUGGCUCGGGGACCAGAAACAGGGACCUCCGCAACUGGAGCUGAGGCUUGCUGCCUGACCGAUCACGAACGGAUGCGUGAAUUAAAAUCUUUUACUGGCUGACGCCCAAUGCGGUAGCGUAUUCCCUCCCCCUCGAGCAGAGCAGAGCAGAGCAGAGCAGAGAGGCAACGCUGUGCGUGCUUCGGCGAGAAUGGAAUGGAUUGGGAUUGGCAUCGUUCGAUCUGCGUCGUGCAUGGGGUGCAUCGUGCAUAUUGCGGAGAAGCAAUAAUGCUCCACUCAAGCGUUGCACUCUCCUCUCACAGCCCAUCAUGCCCUCUCGCGCCGUCGUUACCGAGUGGUCUGGCCCUCUCCGCGGGCAACGUCAAAAAUCUCCCUAGUCACGAGGGCGGGCAUUCGCACUCUCCUGUGUGCAUUGCUGAUGUGCUUUUUGCCCCUCAGCAAAUACUCGAGUAGUCCAGUACAGGCAGUCGUCUAGUCCACUUAGUCUACAUUGCCAACACACUAACACGUCGAGCGAAACACUACUAUAGGCCACGCCCUAGUCACGCAGUCCAUGUGCAUGCUCGUGCUUCAAUAAACCUGUGCCAUACAUAGGGCAUAAUGCUAGCACGCGUGUUUCUAUUUUCGCUUCUGCCUGCCUGCCUGCCCGAAUCUUUCCUUCUUUCUUUUUCUUUUUCUCUUUUUUUCGGGGGCCGGCGAGCCCCUUUAAUUAUCGAGUCUAUCCAUCCCUACGAGUUGAGCCUCAAUGGGCGACUAGACAUGCGCCUGGGGUUUUGUACGCUAACAUACGGUGACGGGCGACUACCCUUACUUACCUCCCGGCCUAGCACUCUUUGUGUUGUCGAUCGAAUCAAAAUCAUCUUCUCCGCCCGCCAUCCCCUUGCCGCUGGCUGCCGUGUGACGGCCGAUGCUGCAAAAUUGAUGAAGCUGCAAGACAUGCAGAUUGGGCCGAAUCAUCGCCAAACUCUAAUCCAGCUGCCUCCGCAAACGACUAUGAAGCGUAAUAUCGAAUGCUGCUCUCCGUCCAACUGA